AUGCCUAGACUGGUAGCUUCUUCAUCAUCAUUACCGAAAACUUUCCCCGUACCUGGAUAUCAACAUUUCUUAACGCCUCUUCGAAAACUGAUAUUCGAUUACGAUGCUGAAUCGCCUUCACAACAUGGUGUCAGAUCGUUUAUAAAGAAACCUUUGAUAAGUCUUGCUCGAGAAAACCCGGAUGUAGAGUUUGUUGUCAGAAGAUUAAAGAGAGGAAAGGCGGCUGUGUUGAGAGGACAUUACAUCAACGGAAGGGACAAAGUGAUAUGUGUAAAUAAGCUGGAAAUGGAAGGAGUAUCGAAUAAGGUCAACAUACUGCUGAAUUCAUCAGGAGCUAAGAUUAAGUCAUUGAAGAACCUCACAUUGGAAGCUGCACCAGCAUCAGAAUCAGCAAGAGGAGUUUGGUCUGCAUUGCACGAUCAAGCCAAAGAUGGUCAAGGAUACAGAAUAUAA